AUGGAUAUGGACAGUGCCAGCUCAGUGGUGCUGCAGGCCUUAACCCAAGCAACCAGUCAGGACACAGCUGUGCUGAAGCCUGCGGAGGAGCAGCUUCGACAGUGGGAGACGCAGCCAGGCUUUUACUCUGUCCUUCUGAAUAUCUUCAAUAACCACAUGCUGGAUGUGAACGUCAGGUGGCUGGCUGUGUUAUACUUCAAAAAUGGCAUUGACAGAUACUGGAGGAGAGUAGCACCUCAUGCUUUGUCAGAAGAAGAGAAGACGUCAUUGCGUGCUGGUCUAAUCACAAACUUCAAUGAGCCUGUUAAUCAGAUAGCGACCCAGAUCGCAGUACUGAUAGCCAAGGUAGCCCGUCUGGACUGCCCCAGGCAAUGGCCCGAGCUCAUCCCCAUUCUGCUGGAGUCUGUGAAGGGUCAAGAUGGCCUGCAGCAGCACAGAGCCCUGCUAACCUUCUAUCACGUCACCAAAACUCUAGCGUCCAAGCGUCUGGCGCAGGACAGACGGCUUUUCCAGGAUCUGGCAUCAGGCAUUUACAGCUUUGCAUGCUCCCUUUGGAGCCACCACACUGACUGCUUCCUCCAGCAGAUCUAUGCCAGAGAUGAAGCAGCAGCACUCAGCUCACUGGAGAGGACACUGCUCUCCCUUAAAGUGCUUCGCAAGUUGACAGUCCACGGAUUUCAGGAACCACAACAGAAUAUGGAAGUAAUGGGUUUCCUGAAUGCAGUGUUUGAAAGGCUAAAACAGUUCUUGGAAUGCUGUCGGCAAGUUGGUCCAGAGAGCACUUGCAGAGAAAAGCUGGAGAAGACUAUCAUACUAUACACUAAAGUUUUAUUAGAUUUUCUGGAAUACCAUCCAUGUGCAUUUAUUCCUCUUAUCCAGCGUUCCCUGGAAUUUGCUGUGAGCUACGUCUUUACACCCUCUGGGGAAGGAGUAACCUUUGAACGCUUCAUUGUCCAGUGCAUGAACCUCAUUAAAAUGAUCGUAAAAAACGAUGCCUACAAGCCCGCCAAGAACAUCGAUGAUAGUAAACCAGAGAGUCUUGAGGCUCACAAAAUCAAGACUGCAUUCUUCACACACCCCACACUCACAGAGAUUGGGCGCCGACUCGUCUCACACUACUUCCUUCUCACAGAGGAGGAGCUGGCAAUGUGGGAAGAGGACCCUGAGAGCUUUGCUGUAGAAGAAACUGGUGGUGACUCUUGGAAAUACAGUCUACGGCCUUGUACAGAAGUUUUGUUCCUCGACAUCUUCCACAACUACAGUCAGACGCUGACGCCGGUGCUACUGGAUAUGGUUCAGAAUCUCCAGGGCCCGACUAAUGUGGAAGACCCUGUUCAGCUGUUAAUGAAGGAUGCAGUGUACAAUGCAGUGGGACUGGCAGCCUAUGAGCUUUUUGACAACGUGGACUUCGACCAGUGGUUCAAGAAUCAACUGCUUGGGGAGUUGCAAGUUAGUCACCACAGGUACAAGCUGAUUCGCCGACGUGUGAUCUGGCUAAUAGGACAAUGGAUCUCUGUCAAGUUCAAAUCCGACCUUCGGCCUUUACUCUACGAGGUCAUCCUCAGUCUCAUGCAGGACCCAGACCUGGUGGUGCGGAUUGAGACGGCUACGACUCUGAAGCUCACUGUUGAUGACUUUGAGUUCCGGACAGAACAGUUCCUUCCAUACCUCGAGUCGAUCUUUGGGCUGCUUUUCCAGCUGUUGCAGCAGGUGACGGAGUGUGACACAAAAAUGCAAGUCCUCCAUGUCAUCUCUUGUGUCAUCGAGAGGGUAAACAUACAGAUCCGGCCAUAUGUAGGCUGUCUUGUUCAAUACCUGCCUCUACUUUGGAAACAAUCUGAAGAACACAACAUGCUUCGAUGUGCCAUACUCACUACACUCAUCCAUUUGGUACAGGGCCUGGGGGCAGAAAGUAAGAACCUGUACCCUUUCCUUCUUCCUGUCAUCCAGCUGAGCACCGACGUCUCCCAGCCACCACAUGUGUAUUUGCUAGAGGAUGGACUAGAGCUUUGGUUGGUGACUUUGGAGAACAGCCCAGCCAUCACCCCCGAGCUGCUCAGAAUUUUCCAGAACAUGUCAGCUCUGCUGGAGUUGAGCUCAGAGAACCUGCGCACCUGUUUCCAGAUAGUCAACGCCUACAUAUACCUGUCUGCCACCGAGUUCCUUCAGAACUAUGCAGAGUCAUUGUGUCGCUCCUUCUGUGAUUUGCUGAAAGACAUCACGAAUGAGGGACAAGUCCAAGUGCUUAAGGUGGUGGAGAUCGCUUUAAAGGUUAGCCCCAUAUUGGGAGCCCACAUGUUCCAACCCCUGCUGCCAGCUGUCUUCAGAGGUAUUGUGGACGGCGAGAGAUAUCCCGUGGUGAUGUCCACCUACCUAGGCAUUAUGGGCCGCGUCCUGCUCCAGAACUCCAGCUUCUUCUCUUCUUUGCUCACUCAGAUGGCCUCCGAGUGCAGCCAGGAGAUGGACCAGUUGCUGGGCAGUGUUAUAGAGAUGUGGGUAGAUCGCAUGGACAACAUCACUCAGCCUGAGAGGAGGAAACUGUCGUCGCUGGCUCUGCUCUCUCUUCUACCAUCUGACAACAGUGUCAUCCAGGACAAGUUUUGCGGAAUCAUCAACAUCUGUGUGGAGGCGCUGCAUGAUGUAAUGACUGAAGAUCCAGAAACAGGCACCUUCAAAGACUGCAUGCUGAUGAGCCAUUUUGAGGAACCCAAGCUGAGUGAUGAUGAAGAGCCACCAACUGAGCAGGACAAGAGGAAGAAACUGUUGGCCCUGGAGGACCCGGUGCACAGCGUUUCUCUGCAGCAGUUUGUGUAUGAGAAGCUGAAGGCGCAGCAGGCCCUGAUGGGAGACCAGGGCUUCGGGGUCCUGAUGGAGACCGUAGACACGGAGCUCGUGAGGCAGCUCCAGGAGUUCCUCCAAGGCCUCUGAAUCACACCUCCCAUCCCCUCUCUUCCUCACACACACAUCUUUGCCCAAUGCUACCCUCUACCCCCGUUGCUGAAAAUGUACCGGGAAGGCUAACAAUCUACCCAACAUGUGGACUCCCCCUAGACCUUCCUAACCUCUACCCAUGCUAAUGCCUUAUCUACUGUAUAUUCAGACCUAGCCUUGUCCACUGUCCUCAGCUAACACCUGUUAUCCCCUCCCCACACCCCCGUUUCUAUAUUAUCUUGUCUUUUUCUGUUUUGUUUUUUACCAAGAUGAGGUCUAUGGUGGUGCGUAAAAAUGUAAAGGUGAUCUUUGCAUUUUUAACACACACACACAUAGAAACUUCACAACACUAGAGCUUCCACUCAGUUCUUCUAGUUUCUUCUCUUUCUGUGGUUUUAACGUGAAAUGGGUAGAACAUUAGAGGGAUGGCAGUUAAGUCGAUCGGGGGGGUUGAGGUGUAUAUCGCAGAAAUUUUCUGCAGGUGCCAGAGCAGGAGGCUGGGACUUUUUUUCUAUGGAAAAACUUACAGAGAGUGUAGCAGAAACAUGGAAAGACCGAACCUGAAGGACCUAAAGCAGUGUUUACAAAAUCUAUUCUUAAAAGAGAAAAAAAAGAAAUGUAAUUUUGUAUGUAUAUAGUAUGGAUGAUAUUCUGCAUGAUGUUUCUUUUUAGUUUGUUUUUACUUUGUGUUUCUCUUCCAUUUUUGAAAAAAAAAAAAAAAAGAAUAAUUUUGUCAUAACCACAGGUCAAAUUGAAGUAACUACUGAGAGGACUCGAACAGGCUUUUCUUUCUUUUUGAGUUGGGUUUGAGGGAAUUGUCUGGACUGUAAAAUAGGUGAUUUUUAAUGGUCGAUUUGUAAGAGUGCUGAACCACAUUUCUAUGUAUAUACAUACUGCUGCUAAUUAUUGGUGUGUCAGAGCACUUUAAUAACCAAAAACUGUUUCACAUUUUCAACUUUUUUGUUGUCAUGGUACACCUCUUCACAUGAGUGUACCUUUAACACAGUGGAAGAAGGCCUUGGAGCAGCGCAGCAGGGUUGUGCACAUUUGGCUGAGGUUGCAUUAAGAUCUCCACCUUAGAUUGUUGCCAUUUCUCAGUUUCUCAGUGCUAACUUGUACAACAUAUAAACUGACUGCAAAUGUAGUACGCCAUCAGAUUGUACAAAUGUCUGUUUCAUUUAAAAGAAGUCUGACUCACGUGGCUUUUUUAAGAAAUAUGUCACUGUGAGUCAAACUACAUCAUUUUUAAGGAAUGUUAUAUAAAUGUCCUGCUGCUCUGCCAUUUUUUUCUGAAUUGACCAAUCAUUGCCGGGUGUUUAGUGAUAUAGAAGAAGCUUUGAGGUGUUUGAUUUGACAAAGAGCCAGUUUUUUUUUUUUUUUUUUUUCACACAUAGGUUUUCUUAACUGUAUUUGGGAGUUUGGCAAACCAAGAUAAUACGGAAAAAUGAUGAACGCCUACAUUUUGUCAUUAAGUUUCUUGAAAUGAUUAAGAUAAGUGGCAUGAGGACAUAUGUCAUAUAGACAUGAAAUGAUUAUUGGAAAAAUAUUGUUGUAGCCGCAGCUCAUUUUUUAAAAAAAAAUCUCUUCUACUGGCAUUUAAGGAUUAAUGUUUUUUUUUUUUUUUCUGACAUUAAUUUGUUCAACCUCCCUGGGAAAGAGAUAAUCCUGACAUUAGCUCCUUUGACACUGUGAUAGAGUUGAGUAGCAGUCUGAAUUACAGCCUUAUGCUUUCAGCCUUACCUAUCCGUGAAACACAAAUGAUCUUUCUUACUUUUUUUGUUCAUUUCUAGUAGUUUAACAGUAGACAAGUUAAUAACAGCAAGUAUCAAGUCGAAAUCGCACGCAGUAGAGAGAUGUUUUUUUUUUUGUUUUUUUUUUGUUAAACCAGUUGGUUAUAUUUUGAUGAAAAAUAAUCCUUGUUGCUUUUUCCAAAGCCUUCAAUAAAAUGCAGUAAUCAGCCAACA